AUGGAAAUUCUCUUGUCACCUCUGCCAUUCAUAACCUAUCAUUCACAAUUUCCCAACCUCACUUUCAAAAUUCCGAUCUACAUCGAUCUAGAUCAACCGCUAGAUUUGAUUCUAAAAAUAACUUUCUACAUCGAGUUAGUAAUUCUUAUCCCAUCAAUGAUUAUCCUGUCAUAUUUUGUAUGGAUUGUUUUUACACUUUCAUUACUCCAUCGGAAUAUUUCAUUUAUAAUUGUUCUUGCGGCAAUUCAUUUUAAUAUCAGUGGAGUUUCGAGGUUUUAUAUUUUGUUGGUGCAGUUGGAUUUUAUUGAAGGUAUGGCUGGGGUCAGACCUGGGAAUUUUUACGUUUACGUUUUUUUCGUUUUACGGUUUUCACGGGAUUUCACCGUAAAAUCCAUUUCACGGUUUUACCGCUCAAAAAAUCGGGGUUGGCUGGGGUAGUAGAAUAAAAAAUCAAAUAACAUUAUCAAAUAACAUUUACAUAUUUGUGGUCCAUAAAUAGAUACACCUGAUUUUUCAGUAAGAAUAAUUGUGAAAACGAGACCUUUCGGUAGUCCAAAACACAUUUUUAGUCUGAAACGUAGACAAACUUGAAAUGUUCAUCGAUAUUUGUUAGAUUCUGCUUUGUUAAGCAUCAGAACUUAUUGUUCCACCAAAACUCACACAUCAAAAAACACUCUGACUUCAUUUUCAACAAAUAACACCUGCAUUAUUCCUAGAUUAUAGCACCAGAGAGCAUUUUUCCCUGGAAAAAUAUUUUUUCUGACUAAUAAAAGAUGUUUUUUACGAUUCACUGAACCCAUUAGCACUUUAAUCAAACUACAUCUAAAAAAAGUUAUUUUUCAGAACAUCCUCUCGCUCUUCUGUUCGCCUCAUUUUCCCGAAUCGAAUUCUAUAUCUGUGCAAUCGGCGGUUAUCCAAUUGUAGCAUUUGAGCGAUUCUUCGCCACGUAUUAUGUUAGUGAUUAUGAAAACACUACUCGGAAUUGGCUAUUAUCUAUUAUUAUCCUAGUUCAUACCAUCCUUCCGCUACCAUUAGCAUAUUUCACUUUGAUGACUGAUUAUCCACUGAUUAUUGCUUUGGGAGGAUCGGGUUUGGCAGUUAUUGGAAGUCAGAUAAUCCUACAUGUUUUAUAUGAGUUUAAUGUAAAUGAGAGUUUGAAAAUGAAGAAGAAUCCGAUGAUGUAUACAUUGGGGAAGAAGUUUCAACUCGAGGAAAAUCUACACGUCAUGUGGGUGAGUGGAAUUUUUUUUAUUAAAAAAAAAUUUGGUCCUAUCGCAAUAUAUGGGUCCGUAAAAACAUAUAAGGGUCCGUGAAUUUUUUUAAGGGUCCCAAAAAAUACCCGAAAAUAUAACGACUCGGUGUUUCUCUCCAAUUGCAACUUCUUUGAAAAAUUUUUUUCAAAAAAAAAAAGAAAAAAAAUAUAUUGUUUGGUCAAAAAUUACGGACCCUUUUAUUGUUUUUGGGACCCAUAAAAAAUUCACGGACCCUUAUAUUUCUGAGGGACCCUUAUAUGUUUUUACGGACCCAUAUAUUUCCAUGGGACCCAUAUAUUGCGAUAGAGCCAAAAAUUUUACCUUUUUCUCAGAUCCUUCGCGGUGUUGGUAUAAUCCUAAUAUUCCUUGCCUUGAUCCUUGUAGUAAUCCUAAUUUUCCCCUGGAAAUCCAUCAUCGGUUUUCAAAAUUACACCGAUUUUUAUUGCUCCAUCGAUCUUCUACUUGCUCUAUCUUCCAUACUUUUACCAAUCUUUAUGGGACACAUUUUAUACGUCAAAGGGAAUCCGGGAUUCUUGCGGAAAACCCAAUGGAUUUUCGGGAAAUCGAAAAAAUCAACACUUCCUCCAGUGAAGGAUGUGGUGAUUCGAGAUGAAACUAGACUGUAUUUUACACAAUUGGAAAUGUCGUGGAGAUAA